AUGUCGAAGUUAUGGGAAGUCGACCCUGAGACCAGGAGUAAGCUCCAGAUCAUCCAGAAGACCAACGGGAACGAUCGAUGUUGCGACUGUGGCGCUCCCUCCCCGCAAUGGGCUUCACCCAAAUUCGGAACGUUCAUAUGUCUCAAUUGCGCCGGCAUCCACCGCGGUCUAGGAGUCCACAUCUCCUUUGUCCGCAGCAUAACCAUGGACGCCUUCAAACUAGCUGAGAUCCAACGCAUGGAGAACGGAGGCAACGAGCCCUGGAAACAGUUCUUCGACGCCCAUUCACUCACCCUCGCAGAAGGUCGGACGUUCGAGGACUCCACCGUUAAAGAACGAUAUAGCGGCGAGGUAGGCGAGGAGUGGAAGGAGAGGUUAUCUGCGAAGAUCGAAGGGAGGGAAUACGUUCCUGUGCCGAAGACGGAAGUCAAGAAGAAAAGUCCCACGGACAGAUUACCUGGUGGUGGGCUAUCGCGGUCAAGCACCACGACGCCAAAGGGGUUUGGGGGUGAUUCGCGAGAACCGCUUUCGAGGUCGAAGUCUGCUGCUGGGUCGUCGAGUAAAAAGGAACAGAAUGAGGCUUACUUUGCGAAGAUGGGAGGUCUCAAUGCCUCCAGGUCGGAAGGAUUGGCUCCCUCCGAGGGAGGGAAGUAUACUGGUUUCGGAGGGGGGAUGCCAGUGGACUCGUCCUCGUCAAGGUCCGGUGGAGGAGGUGGGAUUCCGGGACUGGAUGAUUUCCAGUCUGAUCCUGUCGCGGCGUUGACGAAAGGGUUCGGCUGGUUUACUCCUACCGUUGGAAGAGGUGCGAAGACAAUGAAUGAUACCUACAUCCAGCCUGUUCUUGCGGAAUCAGAUCUUGCAGCCCAGGCUCGUCUUGCUGCUACUGAAGUUGGCCGGAACAUACAGACUGGUACCCGUACGGCUGCAGACUCAUUCAAUCGCUUCGUAGAAGGCAAUGAUGGUCCAGCUGGUGGUCCACGCCGGGCACCAGGCGCGUCGUCAGCUUCAGCCAGGGGUUUUGAGCCCGAGAGAAAAGAUUUCUGGGACAGUUUUGCUGCUGUUGGAGAGGAGAGGGAGAGGCAGAGACAUGGUGCUGGCUCUACGUCGGGAUCAGGAGCCAUUGGUACUGGAACCAUGAAGAAAAAUGAUCCUCCCAUAUCGAGUCCUACCAAACCUGCUUCCUCAGCGGCGCCGAAGGACGAUGGAUGGGAUGAUAAUUGGUAG